AUGAACCCCUAUAACGCUGCAUUCAACAUCGUCGUCAAGUCCAAAAACAGGGACGUUCCGAUGCACUACCCAGGCUACCACCAAUCAAACGUAGUCCGAUCCAAACCACUCGAUCGUCUCAAGUAUCUCUCAAGCCAAAAGGGCCCAUGGCUACUCUUCCUCGCCCCUACAUCACCGCACGUCGACAAGGCAAGAAAUACGUCGAACCCCUUGCUCGAUACUGGAAUGACUCAGCAGACAUCAGGUCUUGCUUCAACUCUCCCAAGUACUCGCACCGACCUUCUUCCCACCCUACUAGACAUCGCCAAGCUUCCACUAAAGCACUGGCCUGACUUCUUGGACGGAAGAAGUCUUCUGCAACAGUGGAAGAAGCCUCAUAAGCGUGAUCACGACGCUGGCUUGUGA